UCGACAUGACGUGUAUGACUAUCAAUCAUAAUUUCAAUACUUAUUAAUAUCGCUAAAAUAAAGUAUUCAUUUACUUUGAACGAAUUACAUUCAAACAGUGUGUGUUACAUAUUUUCAAGUAUAAACACAAUAAUAUAACGCCCCACCGCAACUUCGACUUACCGAAACGAAAGUAAAACAGUAUGUACAACGUAUAUAUAUAUUUAUUAAGUUGGGCGGUGCUGUGCGCCUGCGUCAUCCCAAGGUUCAUCGAGAACGAUCAAUAAUAUAGCUAGGGUGGCGUCCGCCUUGGUAUUUUAUCUGCGUGGCGUCCCGGGCAUUAUUUUACGUAACGCCAUUCGACGAGCAACAAGCGCCUCCUCGACUAGGUACCUACGUCUUAACUUUUCAAGUCGUUGUCGUUAGUACGCCUAAUAUAUAUUAUAUUAUUAUUUCGUAUAAUACCUACGUUUUCGUCCAGUGAAAAGUGCAACUCGACAAGAGCAUCAUCUCAACUCCGUUUUGACGGCUUGCGGCUGAACAAAAAUUCAUUCGAUAUCGUCCUGCGACCCGUUAAGGAAAAAGACAUGGAUACCUUACCAGCUUCAUCAAGUAAAAGUGGAAGUGAUCCAAUCCAAAUUCAGUCAUCCAAAGAAUAUGAAACAAUAGAAUAUAUUAGAAAUAACUCUGAUUCUGACAGAAUACUGGAAGACUUACAAUCCCAACGCAUAAAUGAAGUUCUAUGUGAUAUUAGACUUGAAACUAAUGACGGGGCUAUAGUAGUAGGCCAUAAAAAUGUACUAAUGGCAGCUAGUCCAUAUUUUCGGGAAAUUUUUACUAAUUCAGAUGAGAGAAAUAAAGGUGUCGUUAAAAUAAGUGAAUUUAAUUCCGCUGUCUUACGACUAUUAGUAGAUUAUAUCUAUAGUGGCCAAAUUAUAAUCACUAAAGAAAAUGUAAAGCUUUUGUUGCAAGCCGCAAAUAUCUUACAGAUAGAUUUUUUAAAUGGCGCAUGUGCUGAGUUCUUGAAAAAAGAACUGGAUGUAUCAAAUUGUAUUCGUAUGAAAGCCUUUGCUCACUCACACAACUGUCCGAUAUUAUUAUCAAGUUAUGAAGCAUACAUUAAGAAACACUAUUUAGAUGUAGCUAAAGGUGAAGAUUUUCUAUCUUUAUCAUUUGAAGAUGUGGUUAAGAUUAUCUCCUCUGACGAUAUAGCUGUGCCGUUUGAAGAAAAAGUAUUUGAAUCUAUCAUUAAGUGGAUAAAACAUGAUUUGGAACAGAGAAAAGAUUUUUUGCCAGACUUAAUGGAACAUAUACGUUUGCCGUUAUUAGCGUCAAUGCCUGAUAUAUUAAAUAACAUAGUUGAAGAACCUCUUCUGAAGAAUAGCCCUAAAUGUAACAAUUAUAUAAUUGAAGCAUUACAUUUUAAUCCAGAUGAAUCAGUCGAGCAUUUCACCAUGCCACAAAAGAUAAGAUGUAAAUCUAGACUGUUUGGUGCUUCACAAAAAGUUAUUCUGAUUUUCUCACGGUCUAAAAAAUUGCCAAGGUGCUAUAUGGAUUGGUAUGACCCAGUAACCAAGGUACAGGAGGAUGCACCAGCGAUAAAUGAUUGUUUACUGUUACCUGGUUUUGGCGUAAUAAGAGAUAAAUAUGUAUAUUUGGUGGGAAGUAUGGAUAUUAUGAGUUCCUCAUCUGUGAGUAUGCUUGAUGUAUCUUCAAGAUCACCCUCUUGGGUUCCGACGGUCAACAUGCUAUGUAUGCGAAGUGGAUUCAGAGUUGGUGUAUUGGACAAUUGUAUAUAUGCAGUCGGUGGCGAAAAUGGUACUAAGAAUUUAAAUAGUGUAGAGGUGUUUGAUGUCAGUAUUCAAAAGUGGAGAAUGGUGUCGAGUAUGUCAACUCCAAGAAGAGAUAUGGGCAUUGGUGUACUCAAUAACUGUUUAUACGCGGCUGGAGGUAUUAAUAGUGAACUUUUGAAUUCUGUGGAAUGUUACGAUCCCACGCUUGACACGUGGACAACAGUUUCAAAAAUGUUAGUACGUCGCGCUAAUUUUGGCGUAGGAGUCUUGGACAAUGUUAUAUACGCUAUUGGUGGUUAUAACGAAUCGGGAUUUCUUAGAAGUGCUGAGAAGUAUAGACCAAGUGAUGGAGUUUGGUCAACCAUUGCUAAAAUGCAUGUGCGCCGAGAUGGGCCUGGAGUAGUCGCAUUGAAUGGUUUAUUGUAUGUGUUUGGCGGAGACAUUAAUCGUUCUAAUGUCGAUACCAUAGAAAUUUACAACCCCAACACAAACACUUGGUCCAUUCAACCAUUGCCAAAAAGUCGUGACUCAAAAAUUUUUUGUGCAGUAGCCGUUGAUAGACCACCACAUUUCAUAACUAAUUAACACGGAGAGUGGUCUCAUUGUUGGCCGUUAUAAUAUUAUUCAUACAAUUAUGUAAUGUGAACCCUGUAUUGUUGUUCUUUACAUUUUUGUGGAUGUCAAUGUUCGAUAAAAGAUUUUUGUUUGAUUUGAAUAUUGUAAAAUUUAAUAAACAAACUAUUAUAAAUUAAAAUUUUUUUUUGUACGCUUCAACUGCUA